UGCAUCACGUGAGGACUUUGUCGAGGCUUGUAACCGGGUUGAGAGUUCAGUAAAUACUGAUGAUGUCAUCGGGUGAAGAUGGCUGAAGGAGAAGGCUGGUGGGGAGGCUGGUUUCAGCAGAGCUUCCAGACCGUCAAAGAUAAGUCAUCAGAAGCGUUAGAGUUCCUGAAGCGAGACCUGACUGAGUUCUCAACUGUAGUGCAACAUGACACAGCCUGCUCCAUUGUGUCUACAGCCACUGCUCUCAGGAACAAACUUGCAGUGGAAGGCUCCACAGAGACCACCGAAAAGGUCAAGAAAAGCCUGUCUAGUUUCUUAGGGGUGAUCAGCGACACACUCGCUCCACCCCCUGAUAAAACCAUUGACUGUGAUGUCAUCACACUGGUAGCGACACCGGCGGGAACCACAGAGGUUUAUGACAGUUCUAAGGCACGUCUCUACAGUCUGCAGGCUGACCCUGCUACAUACUGCAAUGAGCCCGAUGGUACCCCAGAACAGUUUGACAGCUGGCUGUCCAGCUUCAGUUUGGAAGAUAGGAAAGGAGAAAUCUCUGAGCUUUUGGUCAACAGUCCUUCUAUACGUGCCCUGUACACCAAAAUGGUGCCAGCAGCCGUUACCCACUCAGAAUUCUGGCAGAGAUACUUCUACAAAGUCUUCCAGUUGGAGCAGGAGGAGGCUCGGAGAGCGGCACUCAAGCAGAGGGCAGAACAGAGUACACACACAGAGACGCUGGGCUGGGAGGUAGAGGAGGAGGAUGACUUCCUUGGCGCUUCAUCAUCCUCUCAACUCACGUUUACGCCCCCAUUGAACAACAGCUCAGCUCAGCUGGGGACAACCUUUACGGAUUCCACCAGCACAACUCUGCUGAGCCCCGUUUCUCCAAACGAAGAGCGCAAUACCACCCUUUCAGUUAGCAGUGACAGUGUGAGCCUGCCGACGCAAAUAGAGGUGCGGCCAGAGCCCAUGGCUACAGAACUGACCAAGAAGCUGACAGAAACGAGCUUGGAAGAUCUAGCAGAAAAGACACAGGAAGAGCGAAGGCCUGGAAAAACACCCCAAGAUGCUCAAGUGGAAGCUGUAGCCCAUCCAGAGGUUACUGUUCAUGGGGUAUCAGUGAGGACCCCUGGCUCGAAACCUGAGGCAGCAGAGGGGCCACAGGAUCUGAGAGUUUUUGAGCUUAACUCUGACAGCGGGAAGUCUACGCCCUCCAACAAUGGCAAAAAAGGGUCCAGCACUGAUGUGAGUGAGGACUGGGAAAAAGACUUUGACCUGGACAUGACAGAGGAAGAGGUCCAAAUGGCACUUUCUAAAAUAGAUGCUUCUGGAGAGCAGCUGGACGAAGACUGGGAGAACUGGGAAUGAAAGCAGCCGCAACACAAAUUUGGUCUCACCGUUAAAGCUAGUUCUCGCAGAUGAACCAUGCUUAACUUGUUUUAAGUCUUUGUCCACACUGUCACCAUGUCAUGAUUGUCAGCAGAGGAUUUUGGACCAUAUUGGUAAACGUGUUGAAAGAGUCAACUGAAAGACCACGUUGAUAGGAGUUAGACUGCUCCGUCAGCUUUCAGUUUAGUGCACAUAGGCCACUAGUGAGGGUGACGACUCAGGUCACGGCUACUUCGUGGUGUGUAUUCUGAACUAGCGAGCAUUUGACUCUGUUUAUUGACAGAUGUUCAUCAUUCUGACCUUAAAGAUUAAGGACAAGCAGAAGGUGAACUGGUUUCUCAGCAACAAGGGAGGCGUUUUUCUCCUCUGUUUCUCCACAUGUCCUCUCAUGUGUCAUGUAUGUUGCAAGUAAAUCUGAAGUUGGACAAUGACUUAACUACAGGCUGCACAGUCGCCAUAAACUGUAAUGCUGCUUGUCACCUUACUAAGAGGAAAUACUAAGUGAUUUUCCAGUGCUGAUCUUUGAUUCAGCGUGUGCCCUGCUUUUCUCUUGUCUUAUGCAACUGUGUCUUCGAUAUGAAGAAAACUAUCUUGGCCUUCAUUCACGCAGCACCUUUCAUUUUGAAUUCACUCCCAACUAUAGAUUUAUGGCCUUGCAAAACACACAGUAGUGUGAUGUUAUCCAAAUGUUUAUGUUAAAGAUCAGCUCCAACACUAGCAGCUAAUGUCUCUCUAUUAGUUGUUCCCCUAUCUCUGUCAUGUAGUACUUUAUAUGAGCUUGCUUAAGUUUUUUGUAAGCGUGUCAUGUCAGUGAGUAGUUUCUGCCUGUAUUAUUUUUGGCCAGAGGGAAUUCAGAUACUGUGAUUGUUAAAAAGAUCAGUCACAUUUAACCUAAUUAAAAUCAUUCAGUGGUCCAUAAGCCACGAAAACAGAUUAUUUGUGCAGACUGAGGGUAGCAUCGCUGUUACUUACUUGUAUAGAAGGAGCAAUGUGAGCACGUUCAGUUUAUUCUCCAAUUUCCUUUUCCAUUAUUGGUAAUGUAGCUGAGCCUAGAGGUGUGAUAUUUAAACUAUAAUAACUGCUUAAUUAUUGUAUUAUGUGCUUUGGAUUGCAUGUCUGUCCAAUAACAUUAUGCAAAACAUUGUGCAAAUAGUUAUGAUUGAGUUGCUGUAUGUAUUAUUUUCUUUUUUGAACGGGGGGAAAGGCUGUUUGUCAGGUCUUUGUGCUCUGACAGUGUUGCAUGUCGAUAAUUCUCAGCAGUGUAUUCCCUUCAGAAUCACACUUAACUAAUCAAAGCCGUCAGUUCUUUUUAAGUCAAGUAUUUCACUAUAUUUUUCAAAGGAUCAUUGUCAUUAAAGAAUUCAUGUGCAAUGGCA